UGCGCUUUGGCUUUAGCUCCCAUCCCAUAUAUGUUAUGCUACUAUGCAUCACUUCCACUCACCUUUCUCUCUCUCUCUCUCUCUCUCUCGCACGCACGUUGCCGCCUCAGAAAUCUCGUGCUCUCUCAUUCCAUCAUCUAUGGCGUCCAUCAUCGAAUCUGGUUGGCAGUGACUUUCAACUGGCAUGUUUGGGAAGUUUCUUUCUACAUGAAAGCGUUUUCUUCUUAUCUGGACUUCCUUUUAUAUGGCUCGAGAGGGCAGGAUGGCUGAGCAAGUACAAGAUUCAGGCAAAAAUUAAUAGUCCUGCAGCUCAGGAGAAGUGUAUUGCUCGCCUGUUGCUUUAUCAUUUUGGUGUCAAUCUACCUGUUAUGAUUUUUUCAUAUCCUGUCUUCAGAUUCAUGGGAAUGCGGAGUAGUCUUCCCCUACCAUCCUGGAAAGUAGUUUUUACUCAAAUAAUCUUUUACUUCAUUUUGGAGGACUUUAUAUUCUACUGGGGACAUAGGAUAUUGCACACAAAAUGGUUAUACAAGCAUGUACACAGUGUUCAUCAUGAGUAUGCUACUCCAUUUGGACUUACUUCUGAAUAUGCUCAUCCUGCUGAGAUACUUUUCCUUGGGUUUGCAACCAUUUUUGGUCCUGCCAUCACUGGGCCGCACUUGAUAACUCUCUGGUUAUGGAUGGUGCUGAGAGUCCUAGAGACAGUUGAGGCACAUAGCGGUUACCAUUUUCCAUGGAGUCCCUCAAACUUCAUUCCAUUGUAUGGGGGAGCUGAUUUUCACGACUAUCAUCACCGUUUGCUGUACACCAAAUCUGGGAACUAUUCAUCAACUUUUACUUACAUGGACAGGAUAUUUGGAACUGAUAUAGGGUACAGAAAGUUGAAAGCAUUGAAGAGCCCAGGAGUUGAAGACUACGAGCAAAAAAAACAAUUAGAACAAAUGUUUGGGAAAAUCCAGAACGAUUAGAAAGUUGAUUUCCAACCUAAGGGUAUAUCUGAAAAAUGUCUGUCCUAUCAACUGUUCUUGUGUUUUGGAAGCUGGUCUUGUCGACAAAGUGCUCAUGGUUUUUUUUUUUUUUUGGGGGGGGACAUUUAUGCCCUGUUAUUCAAAGAACUUUAUUAGUGACAGUGGUUUCAAUUUUGGGAUGUCUCCUCAUUGCUCAUCUAAAUUCUUGAUAUGCUGUAUACUACUGUUAUUUGUGUGAAUUGAAUUGAGUCAAAGUGACCAUUCAGAUAGAGGAGAGAACUGGGAAUCCAAAGAAAAUCCAGGAUAAAUUGAUCCCACAUGUGCCACAUUAAAUGGUUUUUGUUGAUAUUCGUUUAGUUUGAUCCCACAAUCGAAAUACUAGGGAAGAGUAUUAAUCUCCUCCUGCUUUUUACAUGCUUUCUGUCCGAGUGAAAGCAACUCCAAAGAAAAAUGAUUAUAUAUGUAUAUAAUUGACUCCUUUAAAAAUGAGGUUUACUUUAAAAUGAAAGUGAAGAGUUA